AUAGAGUCUAUUCGUAUGAAUAUGUGACCAAAUUAUAUUGUGACUUUAUUUAUGUAAUACAUUUAUUUAUCUACAAGAAUUUCCUUAUCAUAGGUGGUCAUAAGGUUAAUUUUAAAUGUUGUCAAUUUAAAACAUUCUAUUUACUCUGGAGGUUAAAAUUCAACAGAUAAGACAAUGACAUCUCUCGGGAUAUUUUCAGCUGUAAUUUGUUUUCUAGCUGUAUCAGGGUACAAACUCAAGCCAGGAGAGGUAGCAUACAAAACAUGGAAGAUUUCUGAAGAUGUGAACAGAUUCUAUGUCACAGAUGGAACAUUCAUCGUCAAGGCAACUACAUCAAAAUCCCUCAAUGACAUGUCAUCUUGUAGAAUGUACACAAACUUGAAGAAAGGCCAAAAACUCCUCAAAAGUGCUGAUGUUACCAUUGAAAACAUUGGUAUCAAUCAGAUCAUGUUAAUGAAGCAGAAAUGUAAGAUGUAUCACAGUGUAGAUAGAAGAUCUGUGGAUAAUAACGAGGAAUUUAAUCAUCAGUUGGUCAAGAAUAAGCCAUUUAAAGGUGAUUUUGAGACUGGAGCUCCUAGUGGUGCUGGUAGCCAUUUUGCCAUCUAUCCAGGAACCAAAUGGUGUGGUUAUGAAAAUGUGGCAGAAAAUAUGGAAGACUUAGGAGUGCAUAAUGAGACUGAUGCAUGCUGCAGAACCCAUGAUCAUUGCCCGUACUACAUCGACAGGUUCGAGACCAAGUUACCAUUAUUUUAACCAUGACCCAUGGACACUAAAGUUAUUGUGAUUGUGACCAGCAUCUAUACGACUGUUUGAAGGUAAUACUUUGUCCAAUAGU